UUUUGUAUUAGAUGUCCUAAUCUCCUUUUACGCCAUGUCAUUUAUUUAACGCUUUGUGAAUGAAAAUGGCGUCAGUGCGGUCAGUAACUGCAAACAUCUCCAACAAACUGAACGUUAUUGCUAAAAAUCUGGAAAAGGCACCUAAACCAGAGAAAAUAAUAUUCGACAAAAAGAAAAGGCCGGGUUUUUAUAGUGAAGGAUUGGCAUCCCGACUCCCACCAGCCUAUUUCAAAUGGAAAAAACAACCAGGUGCAAAGCCUCCAGCACUUUACUGGAAUGAUCCCGGAAGUGACUGGAGGAAACACCCAGUGACAGGGGAGAGAGUACGCAACAACAGGGUACCACUGAAGGUUGUCCACCCCAAGGACAGCCAACUGGGUCUGUGGAGUGGAGAGGGAUACGUGUACGGCUUCCGCAAGUCCAACAUAACCAAGGGAGUCAGGAUUAAGAAAUGUUGGAAGCCCUUUUUGCUGAAGAAGGAAUUUUACAGCGAGAUCUUGGACCGCACUUUCACCAUCACUGUCACCCUGAGAACGCUGGACCUCAUUGAUGAGGUCUAUGGCUUCGACUUCUACAUUCUCAAGACUCCCCCAGAGGUACUGAAUUCAAUGUUGGGUAUGACCCUCAAGAGACACAUGCUGCUUAGACUGGCAGAGAAAGAGAAGGUGUACCCGAAUGACCCGGAAAAGAGGGAAAAAAUCUACAAGCGAUACAAGGAUUUUGUCAUACCAAAAGAAGAGGCUGAGUGGGUGGGACUUACCAAAUCUCAGGCAAUAGCCAAGCAGCGUCUGAUUGAGGAGAAGCAGAAUCCUCUCAGACCGCUACAGGAUGUGUUAACGGAGCAACUCAUCGCAAAACUAAAAGAGGAGCAGAAGGACAGAGGUGCCUACGAAUUAGCCAAAGGCUUGGAACACAAACCCCUCAUCAGCAGAAUUUUUGGACGGAGUUCAACCAGCAACGAUGAAAAUUCCAGCACAUAGCAGGCCAGUUGAUAAAUCUCUCAUGUGGAGAUGCUUAUAAAUGAUCCAAGAGUGACACAGCGGGGAAGAUGAGCCCCAGCGUUACAGUCAGGACAAGAGAGCAGUAAUCUGCUAAUAAGAGCUGUGGCUCUGACUUCACCUCGGGCCCAGAGUCAUUUUCCACCCUUUACUGCCGAGACACAUUGACAAUAUCUGCUGAAUUUAGCUUCAGUGCUCAAUAUUCCCUGUUCCUUUGCAAUACAGUGUAGCUGCACUUAUGGCCUCAACUUGUGACUUAUCAUGGAGCUGAAACCACAGCCAGACGUGAAUACUUGGUUGAGAAAACCUUCCCUGGAAUGGUUUUUACAUGGCAUAAUGAUGUGAACUAUUUGCGAUUUACAGUAAUUCUGAGCCCUAUUGCUUUAUGCAGCUGUUGUCUUAAUGGUCACCCAAUAGUCACUCAAUAGUCACAAUAGUGAUGAAUUUAAGCAGUGGACUGUUUGGACGUGAAGAUACUGUUAGGAUUGAACGUUGAUUUUUCUCAUAGUCAUUGACCUGGAUGCACCAUAGUAACAGAUUUCACAUGAAAAAGGAAAGAUAAUUGUGGUGUGUCGGUGUAAAUGAAGUUUUCCCAUAUAAACAGAGAAAAUAAAGUACAUGUGUAUCACACAG